AUGAUCGUCAUCAUAAUCGUGUGGCGCAUGGAGCGCCUGCAUCGUCAGGCGCGCUCGCUUCAUGAGGACCACGCGGAGGCGCUCAGGAAGGAUGUUAUUGCCGAGCUCCUAUACAGAAAGAUGGAGGGCAAGAUGAAGAUAAUAUACACGAUACAGAAGUACAGGGACUUGUAUAACUUCAUAGACGUGCCGACUAAAGAUUACGUGGCGCCCGUGCCUGAUUAUGGACGAUAUCCGUGCGUGAUGGAAGACUUCCAAGGCAGGAUGGAGUACAACCAGUGGUAUUCUCUGUACGUGCUCACGGAGGCUGUGUCCUGCAUACAUCUGGUCGUGGACGAGUGCUUGAAGGUGGAGUUGAUGCUAUUCUUCACAGCCAACUAUGGCCGAAAUGUGAGCUUAGCGGAAUUCGAUGCGGCCCAACAACAUUGCACCUCUAUGAUGCUGAAAUACCUAAAUAUAACGUGGUUGAACAACACAGCGCAUGCGAUCAGAAUGUCCUUCAGGGAUGUCGGUAAAGGGUGGUACAAUAUUUACGAGAAGAAGUGGGAAUUCUACGGCGUAAGCAAGCUUUGUCGGUUCAUGCAGCUCGUCAGGUUCCGAAUGCAGUACGCCCUGCGCUUUUGCAUCGAGCAAUCGAUGGCGAUGUUCGUUGCUAUGUGUGAGACUCCAUGCCUCUGUACCUACUGGUGCGAGGACGACUGGGAGUGGGACGCGUCGGACCUCAUCAACUCGCCCUUCCGCAGCGCGGCGCCCACGCUGUUCUACUUCUACCUCACCAUGGGCGCCGACGGGCCCUACUACACCACCAAUCCGGCGCAGUUUGAGUGGGACGCGUCGGACCUCAUCAACUCGCCCUUCCGCAGCGCGGCGCCCACGCUGUUCUACUUCUACCUCACCAUGGGCGCCGACGGGCCCUACUACACCACCAACCCGGCGCAGUUUGAGAUCGUAAUCCAGCGGUUAUUCCGUGAGAUGCUGUACCGAUGCCACUUCAUUCCGCAAGUGCACCCGAUGAUCAUGACCGGGCUGGUCUUCGAUAAGGAGCUGUUCCUCACUUCGAUCGGUCUUAUGGAGCCGAACGUGGUGGAAUACCGCGACCGACUGCUCAAGGCGUAUCGCAAAGCCAUCAUCCCAUUAAUAGCGUAUAUGCGCCAGUACGAGUGCUACAAGGAAAUAUACUUGCUGGACAUCGAGGAGUACGUCGAGAACUUCCGCCUGGAAAAGCAUUCGGCUUCAGAGACGCGGGAAGAAGUUCAGAUGCAUUACGACGCGAAGCAGGACUUGAUUUGGCGCCUGCCUCAGUACAUCAACAUAGGGCCUUUUGCGCUCAAUGUAGACACGCUUAAGCAACUUCUGGUGAACAAGCGGUCGGACAUUAUCAAGGCCUUACUGACGAUGUGGGCGGAGGAAGUGCGGAUGGUGGUGGAAGACUCCAUCCAGGCCUACAAAAGCAUAAUGCGCAAGCUGGGUGAAAAGCCCAACACCAUAGAACACGUAUUCGAGAUCCGAGAGUGGAUGGAAUCUAUUCCCUUCGCGCUCAAGACCCAGGAGGAUAUUAUGAAGAAGGUGCACACGGAUUAUGAAGUUUUGGAUGCCUUCUUCAUGCCAUUAGAAAACGACGAUUUCAAAGCUCUAUGGGAAGCCAUCGGAUGGCCGUUGUCGAUAACAAAACAGGUGGACGUAACGACCGAGUUCCUGGAGGAAGAACAGGAGAAGUUCUGGAAGCUUCACCAGAUAGACGAGCAGACUAUGUUCGAUAAGAUCGACAUGUACAGCGCACAGUGCAUGGCCUUGACGCUGCAGAAUGACUUUGCCAAGGUCCAUGAGAUAGCCAACGACAUCAAGAAGGCGUGGAAAGGGAUGAAGGAUUCUCAGGAAUGGGGCCGCAUCCUGAACCAGCGUCAGAAGCUGUUCGGGCAGCCCGUGAUACCGUUUACGGAUCUCAACCGCCUGGUGAAGGAAUUCGAACCGUACAGGAACCUUUGGGUCACGGCUUCAGAUUUCCUGAAAGCGCGCGAAGUGUGGUUCGACAACCCGCUGAUGUAUGUAGACGCGGACUCAAUCGAGCCUCUUAUCAACGAAUACUACAAGACGAUCGUCAAGUGCGUGCGCACAUUUGCCGACAUGCCCAAAGUGCAGCAAGUAGCCACCACUAUACGGGAUGACAUCGACGAAUUUAGACCUCUAAUACCUGUCAUUCAAGCGGUCAGAAAUCCGGGUAUGAAGGAGCGACAUUGGAAUGAGUUUAUGGAGAAAGCUGGUAUAACCGUGACGAUGAACGAGAAGCAAACAUUCACGAUGUGUCUGAAGCAAGGCAUGGCUGCCCACGGCGAGCUGAUCGCCGAGAUUGGGGAACUGGCCAGCAAGGAAUACGUCAUCGAGCAGUCCCUGGACAAGAUGCAGGGCGACUGGGCCAACAAGGUCAUGGAGAUAGCACCCUACAAGAACACUGGUGAGUGUGUCUCCAGCGAGGCAUGCGAGCUGGCCAGCAAGGAAUACGUCAUCGAGCAGUCCCUGGACAAGAUGCAGGGCGACUGGGCUAACAAGGCUAUGGAGAUAGCACCCUAUAAGAACACUGGUGAGUGCGAGGCAUGCGACCUGGCCAGCAAGGAAUACGUCAUCGAGCAGUCCCUGGACAAGAUGCAGGGCGACUGGGCCAACAAGGCCAUGGAGAUCGCGCCCUACAAGAACACUG